GCAAGAGCUCCCCGCGACAUGUGAAACUGAGCAGACGAUAAUGAGGUGGGAUUACCUCUAAUAUUCCUCAUCAUAAGUCGUCCCACCCAUCCCUUGUUCUUUUUUUGAGCCCACUCUCUUUCCUCUCCUAUGACUUUCUAGAGAUCAACCAAAACCGGCGAUAUCGACCACCGGUAAACACCAUUCGCCAUGUCGGACCACGGCGAUACUCGGCUCGAGAAGUUCGAGCUGGGGACUGUUUCUGAAAACUAUGCUCAAAUCAAGCAACAGUUGCGCGACAUCUACGAUGCCCUAUGGGAACUCGCCUACGAAAUCAUCACCUCCAAGACCACCCAAAAGACGGUCCUCUACUCGAUCCUAGGCACCACCGCGUCAGCCAUCUUUUACGGCGUCGCCAUCAUCGUCUACCUCUUUUGUUACCACAGAUAUCUGCCCGAUCAGGUUACCACGGUGCCUUUACAUCUUCAAUAUGGCUACGGCCCAAACCCCUACGGCAUCUCCCCCCUAACCUCCUACAACCUCAAACCCUCCCAACCCUACGACAUCUCCGUCACCCUCAACCUCCCCCGCUCUCCAACCAACAUCUACCGCGAAACAGGCAACUUCAUGGUCGCCCUGCACCUCCUCAACGGCUCGCCCGAAAUCCAACGCGUCAUCCAGCCUCCCGUUCCCCCGCUCAACAUCGACAACCCUUUAACCGGCAAGCCCGGCGGCCCUGACAUUGCCGCCUUCAUCACGCCCAUCCCGCUCGCCGUGCCCGACCCCGUCUCCCACCUGACGAACAACAAGAUUUUGUUUUCUUCGACCCGCGCGGCGGUGAUUCCGUAUAUUGACCCCUUGGUAGCCCAAGCGAAGCGCGUCAUGUUUCUGGGGUAUCACGUCCUUUUUCCCGAGCACGCGGAGGUGGUUACUUUGCAGCUGCCGCUAGCUGAAAAAGUGCAGUUUCCUAGGCGCAGUAGCAGUAAGGAUGCUGCUAGACUAGGGCUGGUGGGCGAUGGGACACCGACUAGUUUGCUGGUGGAGGUGCAAGCGGGCCAGAAGUUGCAGGUGUAUGAGGCGAGUGUAACGAUUACGGCGAAGUUGACGGGGCUGAGGUGGUUUAUGUAUCAUCAUCGGGUUGUGAGCUUUUUGGUGGGGACGGGAGCGUUUUGGGCGGCGGAGGUGGUGUUGAUGGUGAUUGGGUGGGGGGUUGGGGGGUAUUUGUUAAGUGGGUUGCUGGAGGGCGGCAGUAAGGAGGAGGAAGGGGAGGCCAAGGAGGGAACUGCUAAAGGCAAGAGAAAGGCUAGACUACAAGAGGGCAGUGGAACGGGUGACGGGUACGAUCCGGAGCAUGAGACGGAUGGAGAAGAGGGGAGUACCAUGUCGGAUACGGAACGGACGUUCCCUAGCAGGUCGGGGGCGCCGCCGCUUAAGUAUGAGCCGGGAAUCAAGCAGGAAGAAGAAGAGAAGAGUGCGGCGAUCAAGGAAGAGGAGGACGAGGAGGAUGAUGAUUUGUAUGAUUUGCCGGUGCACUUGCCGAGUGUGCAGGAGGCUGGACACGAGUUUAGAGAUUCGGGUAUUGGCACGAGUGGGUAUAGUGAUGUGUCGAGCACGACGGCGGUGGGCAGUGGCAGUGGAAGUACGGCUAGGAGGAGGAGAAAGGAGUAGGACUCGGAUGGUUCUUUGAUUCCUGUUGCUCGGAAGGCACGCAAUUGUAGGGCUUGUUAGGCUGGCUCCGAAGGCUGUUUUCGGGAGGCUGGCUUUUGAGGCUAGCUUGGGACUCUGGGAGGAUGGAAAGUGUGGUAUGGUUAUGGAUGGCGUUCUCUCUUAUCGGUGGAGUAUUGUGUUUUGGGAGGAUAUCUACUUUAUAGGCUUGGAGCUUUGGACAGUACUGAAUAACAAAUUGUUUGGUUU